CGAUUUGUUGGGUGAAAAAAGAGGAGGGGGCAAAGUGUGAAAGAGUUGCAGGCGACGAACGAUGAUCGGCGAUAGCGUCUACUCACCGCCCGACCAGAGCUCUAAUCUCUGCAUCACGAUGGAAGAGCGGUCUCAGUGCAGCGAGCACGCAGAGGACCUUGACCCUACUGACCUGGAAAACGACCUUGACCUUGAUAAUGAUUGUCGAGGAUUGCUUGAAAUCGCAAGUAACAGAGAAACUCCUUUUGCUGCCGACUGUGAGAGUAAUGAGGAAUCCCAGUCCCAGCCCAAGUGUUUGAUGCCUCCUGCGACAGGAAUGGAGUUCGAGUCGUACGAUGAUGCUUACAGUUACUACAACUCCUACGCAAGGGAGCUCGGUUUUGCCAUCAGGGUUAAAUCUUCCUGGACUAAGCGUAACAGCAAGGAGAAACGCGGUGCUGUUUUGUGCUGCAACUGUGAAGGUUUCAAGAUGGUUAAAGAAGCAAACACCCGCAGGAAGGAGACCAGAACGGGUUGCCAGGCUAUGAUACGCCUAAGACUCAUUGACUUUGAUCGAUGGAAAGUUGAUGAAGUCAAGCUCCUCCACAACCACUCUUUCGAUCCUGAGAGAGCUCACAACUCCAAGUCUCACAAGAAGACCUCUACCAAAAGGAAACCAGAACCCCCUGUCGACGUUCAAGUCCGGACCAUCAAAUUGUAUAAAACCCCUGCCAUUGACACACCAAACUCUAGCGGGGAGACGAGCCACCGCAACCAUGAUCACCUCCAUUGCUCAAGGCGUUUGGAGAUCAGAGGAGCCUUUAGUGCCUUGCAGGAUUUCUUCUUCCGGAUUCAGCUUACCAACCCCAACUUUCUUUACUUGAUGGAUCUCGGCGAUGACGGGAGUCUGAGGAAUGUGUUCUGGAUUGACCCUCGAGCUAGGGCUGCAUACUCUCACUUUGCCGAUGUAGUUGUGUUUGACACAACAUGUUUAUCAGAUACAUACGAGCUUCCCCUUGUUGCAUUUGUUGGAAUAAACCACCAUGGAGAUUCGAUUUUACUGGGCUGUGGUUUGGUUGCUGACCAGAGCUAUGAGACCUACGUCUGGCUCUUCAGAGCGUGGCUAACGUGCAUGUUAGGCCGUCCACCCCAGACCUUCAUCACAGAGCAGUGCAAGGCAAUGCAGAGUGCAGUCUCUGAAGUUUUUCCAAGGGCUCAUCAUCGGCUUAGCUUGACCCACGUCUUGCAAAGCAUCUUUCGGAGCGUUGUCGGACUACAAGAUUCUGAGGCCUUCCGUCUGGCACUGAACAGAGUCGUCUACAGUUUUCUCAAGGUCGAAGAAUUCGAAGUAGCUUGGGAAGAGAUGAUCCUUCGGUUUGGGCUGACAAAUCACGAGACGAUCCAGCGCUUGUUUCAAGAUCGAGAACAAUGGGCUCCAGUUUACCUCAAAGAUACAUUUUUGGCUGGGGAGCUGAUUUUUCGAAUGGGAAAUGCGGCAGCCCCGUUCAUCUUCAGUGGCUACGUUCACCGGGGCACAUCCCUGACAGAAUUCCUUCAAGGGUACGAAUCUUUUCUGGAUACAAAUUACACAAGUGAAGCCUUGCGUGAUUCAGAGUCCUCAAAGUUAAUCCCUGAGCUCAAAACAGCGCACCCGUACGAGUCUCAGAUGGCAAAGGUGUUCACAAAGGAGAUAUUUAAAAGGUUCCAAGAGGAGGUCUCGGCAAUGUCUUUAUGUUUCGGAGUAACGCAGGUCCACUCAAACGGGCCAGCCUCCUCGUAUGUGGUGAAAGAGCGGGAUGGAGAGAAGGUGAGAGAAUUUGAGGUCAUCUACGAGACAAGUGCAGCAGCACAAGUACGUUGCUUCUGUGUCUGUGGUGGUUUCAGCUUCAAUGGGUACCUGUGCAGACACGUCCUCCUUCUACUCAGCCAGAAUGGCUUGGAGGAAGUCCCGUCUCAGUAUAUACUGCAACGGUGGCGCAAGGAUGUGAACCGUCUCUAUGUGGCUGAUUUCGGGUCAGGCAGUGUGGACAUAAUAAAUCCGGUUCAAUGGUGUGAGCAUUUGCACAGAAGAGCAAUGCAGGUUGUUGAACAAGGGUUGAGAUCGAAAGAGCACUGCGCAGUUGCCUUGGAAGCUUUUAAAGAGAGUGUGAAUAAGGUUAACCUUUUGACAACAGAGUAGCCUUCUUAGACGGCUUACUGCUGUUCUGUCUUCUGUACGACCUGACUGGAAUCUAAUGUAUUAAUAAUCUUUAAGCAGCCUU